AUGGGAAAAACUCUCUCUUCAACCAUUUCGGAAUCUUCAUCCAUAAUCGCACAACACUUCUUAUUUCAUCUUCAAGAAUCUUCAUCAUCUGAAAGUCUUCUUCACCCUUACCUUCAUAUAUUUCUAUCAAUCUCUCUUCUUCGUCCAUCACCUUCAUCAACAUUCCUUCUCUGCAACAACCGCAACAAAUCCUUCAUCCCUCUCGGCAAUAAACUUCUACAAUCUUCAACACAACAACAAACGCACAUCAUCAAUCAAUUUCUCUUCAAUGCAGUAACUCUGCAACGACAACAAUUUCAAUCUCCACGCAUCAUCUUCGGAACAAUAGAACGUACCAUAUUACUGUUCGUGCACAGAUUCAGAAAAAACGCAAAAUAUGAAGGAGUAGAAAGAGAAAAGAUCAGGAAAAAAGAGGAGCAAGAAUGUACCCAAGGUCAAUACACUGAAUCUGCCUUCUUCGCCACGCCGAAAUCCUCAGGUCUUCAAAUCAAGAAGGAGUCGAAUGGAGGAGGCGAUGACACCAUUAGUCCGCUAGAAAUCGCAGAGAGAAAGGAAACGCGUUUGGAAGUCGAAGCUAAACGGUCACUCUAUUAA